AAGAACAGGCUCUUGAUGUUGUAGCUAGAGCCAAAAAGACAGUAGUGAAAUGGCAUCCCAAACUCACAACUGGUUUCUCUUUCUCCUCUGCAUGAUAACUCUUCAGUGCUAUCAGAUCUUCUCCACUGUAGCUACACCCGAUGCCAAACUGUAUAUUGUAUACAUGGGGGAGAGGAAGCACGACAACCCAGAGGAUGUCACCGCCUCACACCAUGGCCUGCUCACUUCUCUCUUUGGAAGGAAGGAGGAUGCCCUGGCUUCGUUGGUGUACAGUUACAAGCAUGGUUUUGCAGCCAUGAUCACGGAAGAGCAAGCUGAAGAAUUAGCAGGGAUCUGGCCGGAAUCCAAGAGCUUCACGAUGACGGCUACGGACCGAUCCCGUCACGGUGGAAAGGCGUGUGCCAGGUCGGCGAGGCCUUCGGACCUUCCAACUGCAGCCGCAAGAUCAUCGGCGCCCGACUACACCGCUGGCAUCGACGCCGACGACGUCAAGGAGGACUUCCUCUCUCCGCGCGACUUCUUCGGCCACGGCACUUACACCGCCUCCAUCGCCGUCGGCUCAGUCGUGCCCGGCGCCAGCUUCCACGGCCUGGCCACAGGGGCCGCGCGCGGCGGCGCUCCCCGCACCCGCCUCGCGGUGUACAAGGUCAUCUGGUCGAGCAGCGAAGGGCCCGUGGCUACCAGCGCCGGCGUGCUCGCGGCCAUCGAUGACGCAAUCCACGAUGGCGUGGACGUGCUCUCACUGUCGCUGGUGGUGCCGCACGACGACUCCUUCGGCGCGCUGCACGCGGUGGCAAAGGGGGUGACGGUGGUGUACGCGGGCGGGAAUAGCGGGCCCACUCCGCAGUCCAUCGUCAACACCGCGCCCUGGGUCAUCACGGUGGCCGCCAGCACGAUCGAUCGUUCGUUUCCGACAGUGAUCAGGCUCGGAAACAAUCGAACUUUCAUUGGCCAGUCAAUCUUCUACAACCGGACCUAUCAAUCACGCAACAAAUUCCGGCCUCUCCACGAUGGCGGAAGUUGUACACAGGAAUCCCUGAAUGGAACAGACAUAAGCAGAUCGAUCGUGCUUUGCAAUUCGAAUAACUCAAUCUCACCUGUAUUUUCCUUCAUCGAGGCAUUGUCCAACGUCUUGAAUGCCGGGGGAAAGGGGCUCAUUUUUGCACAGUUCACGACUAAUAUCCUGGAUAUCACUUACCAAUGCACGGGGGUCAUCUGUGUUCUUGUAGACUUCGACGUCGCAAACCGGAUCAGCAACUACGCAGCCGCAAAAAGUUCGCCUGAAGUUGCAGUGGAGCUGACACACAGUGUGGUAGGAGAAGGAGUUCUGUCUCCAAAAGUAGCAUGGUUCUCUUCGAGAGGGCCAGCUGUGCCUUUCCCUGGAGUGCUCAAGCCGGAUGUUGCUGCACCUGGCGUGAGCAUCUUGGGAGCAGAGAGGGACAGCUACGUUUUGGGCUCAGGAACAUCGGCAGCCUGUCCACACGUAUCAGGAGUGGUCGCCUUGCUCAAGUCCCUCCAUCCUGACUGGUCUCACGCUGCGAUCAAAUCAGCACUGGUCACAACAGCGUCGAACAUCAAUGCCUACGGCAUGCCGAUACAAGCAGAAUCGACCCCACGAAAAAUUGCAGACCCUUUCGACUUGGGAGGUGGUCAGAUCGAUCCUAACAGGGCCUCCGAUCCUGGCCUGGUCUACGACAUCGAUCCACGGGAGUACUUCGAGUUCUUCAACUGCACUGCAGGGCGGUUUAGCGUCUGUGCUCAAGCACGGGAUCAGCAGCCUGUGUACAACCUGAACCUUCCUGCCAUCUCCGUCCCUGAUCUGAUGACCAGAAAAACAGUUUGGAGGAGGGUCACUAACGUGGGAGAGGUGGACGCCGUCUACAAAGCGCUCGUCGAAUCGCCGCCGGGCGUUCGUGUGGACGUGCAGCCGCCGGUCCUCGUGUUCAACGCCACUGCCAAGGUGCACGACUUCAAGGUGUCGUUCAAGGCGGCUCACAAGCUGCAGGGAGAUUACGUGUUUGGAAGCUUGACUUGGUCUGAUGGUGGGGACCAUGUUGUGAGGAUGCCGAUCGCAGCUCGCGUUGUGAUUCAGGAUUUCUACGCUGAUGUUGAGUGAGAGAAUUCAGACACGAACAGCAACAACAUGAUCUUUCGUCGUGCAUAUGUUUUGUUUUUGGCUCGAUACGGAGAAUAAGCAUGGUUUGAUUUAUUGUAUCGCAUUAUUUCGUGUUA